UUAAACUUAAUCGAAGAAGUAGUAAACAAAAGUAAAUAGUGACCAAUAACCAUUUCCACGUUAGCGGUUUUAUUGUUAUUUAGAAGUUUAUUAACACCAUGGAAAUCAAAAUAUGACUGAUUUAACUGCAAAGCAUUACAUACUUACCUCAGGUAGUUUUUAAUUCGCGUUAGAGACAGGACUUGGUUGAUAGAUGUUAUUUAGCUAGGUAACGCUAGCUAGGUAGCCGCUAACAAUAAUGGCUAAUUGUAUGGGUUUUCACACUCAAAUAGCCUCCAUCAUAGAGGUGCUAGCGAAUGCAGCCGUGGCAGAGAUCUGUAAACUCGUAGACGACGACUAUGCAAUGUUCCGUUUGGAAAUGUCUCAAAGCCAGAAAGAAAACAGGGGAUUGCGGAGGAAACUACAGAUAUUGGAACUGAAGGUGGCACGAGAGCGCGUCGUUGCCAGUCGUCCCAGUAGUGUCAAGAUCCUCGACCGAUACAGAGGAUUAGCAAGAGGUGAAGGACAUCUCACUGGAGGCCACAGGAGCUUUGUGAAGCCAGCGGGACACAACACAUGGAGAGAUGACCAACCAAUCACAGUUGAUGAGGGGAGUGGAACCUCAACCCAGCAAGUUAUCAUAAUAGAGUCUGCAGAGGCUGCAGGUCCUGGGGUCAAGCAGGAGAGGACUGAAGGAGAGAAGGACCCACGGCACAGCAGAAACAUCCAGACUGAAACAGCGGCUGUAGCCACGGAGGACCUCGCCACCGCCGCCAUGCCCCAGGCCAGGACCAGACACAGCAUCUUGGAGGAGGAGGAGGGUCCAGAGGUGCUGCUGGUGAAGGAGGAUGGUUGUGAGGAGGGUCUGGGGAACCCUGAGGGGACCAUGGUCAUGGAGGACAACCAGACUACACCUCCUCCUGAAGCCACAGAGGAACCAGCUGAGCAGCACAGGACCACACACAGUCUCACUGAGUCAGUAGACAUGGAGGAUGGGAAGCCUGAUCUGCUGCUGGUCAAAGAGGAGACAAUCGAAGACGAACCAGAAAGCAUUGACCUGCUGAGUGGACUAAAGAUGGGGGAGCAAGGUGGUUGGCUGGAGGCUAACAGAGGAGACUGGGCGGCCGUCUUGGAUUUUCAGACCCAGACGGGUGCAGCCAAGGGCCCAGGAGACAACAUUACCGAGCAGGCAAGGACCAGAGGCGACAUAGUGGAGUCUGCAGUCCAUGAGGACCAGCUGAUGUCUGGUGUUGCUGGCGGAAGAGACUGGACAUCUGAGGUGGGUGGUCACAAACCCUGGCCCCAGAUCAAAACCCUGGAUCUGGAGCCAUCACUCUUCCUUCCCGAGUUGGAACUAGUACCCAACCGCGAGGGACAGAGACUCCACCACAACCACUACACAGAACACAACCAGUGGACAGGUGAACUGAACAACCUCAGUCCUGGUGGUCAUCAGAGAGACAGAGGCUCCAAUCAGGGAUCCAGUCUGCAGCCCAGACCCUUCUCUUCACAGUCUCAGUGCAGGGAUGAAGCAGGGCCUGGGGCUGAUAGAGAUCGACCCUCCUGUUCCUAUGAUACAAACACCACAGUAUCCAUGAUGAACAGAGCAGGUCACCCUGGGCUUCAGCCUUCACAGCGAGUGAUGGGAGCCCCCCCUGGUGGUAGUCUAUCAGCAAGUCUGUCUUCUCCUUCAGGGCCUCGUCCAAUGCCUGGUGACUUGGUUAAUAGAAGGUCUGGGCCUGGGUCUAGCCUUCCUCACUUACCUCAGGUUUACCCCACCAAUACAGACAGGGUCAGGAUGGGCGUUCACCAUAAGAGGUACCUAGCAUAUAACACAGCACACAAUCCCAACAACACCCAAACAAUGGCUAGAGGUCAAGGAGGGAGCUCAAAAACGCUUGCUUCUACCUCCUCUGGUGUCAUUGGGUCACAAUGUGGGAGGCCGAGCAUUAGGACGGACGCCGACAAGCCGUAUGCCUGCCCCACGUGUGGGAAGCGCUUUGCUGAGGCAAGGUAUGUGAAGCAGCACCAGACUGUUCACACCAAGGACAGCUUCAAUUGCAAAUUAUGUCACAAGAGCUUCUCCUUCCUGAGUAGCCUUAUCAGACAUAGGAUUGUCCACAAAGGGGAGAAAUCGUAGCAGUGUGUCUUGAGAUGUACGCAGAGGAUAUCUGGGAAUCAUUCCUUAUCUGACAUAUUAUAGUUAUAAUGUUUAGUGUCUUGGGAUAAGAGGGUAAUUAACCACAUACCCCUUACCUGUUGGGGAUGGGGGCGCUGUUUAGACUAUUUAUGCUAAUGUGGCUAAUUUUUUAAACGGCUUCCCACAAAAUCCUUGAUCGUACAAUAUGCAUAUUAUUAUUAUUAUUGGAUAGAAAACCGUCUAUAGUUUCUAUAGGAGUUGAAAUUUUGUCUCUAAGUGGAACAGAGCCCAUUCUACAGCAAUUUCCCUGACAUGGAGUCAGAUUUGAGAAAUGUUGGCCACUUUUCUGAAGUCAGUUAAAAGGGCACUGUCGUUGCUAUGACUAUACGGACACUUCUUACGUCUUCCCCUGGAUGCCUUUACGUGAUGACGAUUCCAACGGGCUCGAUUGCGCGUUCACAGGCCCUACAAAUGAAAAAACUCUGAAGCUAGUCAUUCUUUGGGAGCUGCGUAACGCGCAUGGAAGACACCGACCCUCUCCUGUUCCAAGCGUUAGUUUAGCCUGUUAUAUUUCUCCGGUCAUCUUUUCACUCGUUAUAGGAGUUACAAACAUCAUAAAGUAGUUAAUUUAAAGCGUUUUAUAGCAAUUUAUAUCCGUUUAGUGCGAUUUUGGGACAUUUAUUUUUGCAACGAUGUGAAAAGUUGGGCACGCUUUUUCAGUUCAUCCCGAACGUAGUUGACAUUUCCACAUGGCAAGAGGACAGCUUUCCACCAAAAGACGAUUUCUCCCAAGAAAGGAUCCUUUGCCCAAGAUACUGAUGGAAGAACAGCUCAAGGUAGGACAUUUUUAUUAUGAUAAAUCGUGUUUCUGUCGAAACAUUUUAGUGGCUUAGGACGCCAUGUUUUUUGACGUAGCUUCGUUUGGCGCAAACUGUAUUGAAAAGUAAGGAUAAAUUAAAAAAUGUAAUAACGCAAUUGUAUUAAGAAUUAAAUUGUCUAUCAAUCCCUGUCCACCCUAUAUUUUUUUGUCACGUUUAUGAGUAUUUAUGUAUAAGAGUAGAUCACUGUCUAAGUGGCGCAAGGACAUUUUCUGACCAGCUGAGCUACAUUUCACAUUGUCUAACCAUGAUUUUGGUGGCUAAAUAUAAACAUUUUCGAUCAAACUGUAUAUGCAUGUUGUAAUGUGAUGUUACAGGAGUGUCAUCGGAAGAAUUCUGAGAAGGUUAGUGAAAAAAUUAAUAUCUUUUGGCGAUGUUGACUUUUAUCGCUCACUUUGGCUAGAAUCAAUGCUGGGCUGCUAAUUGCUAUGUGCUAAGCUAAUA